AUGGUGGUUUCAGGUCCUCUUUGUUCCAAAGAGCAUCUCAAAAUCUAUCAGGAGUGGUUCAAUUUUGCUGAUUCCGAUGGAGAUGGCCGCUUAACUGGAAAUGACGCUGCCAAUUUCUUUUCUCUGUCCAAUCUUUCUAGGCCCGAACUCAAACAGGUUUGGGCCUUGGCGGAUUCCAAGAGACAAGGCUUUCUUGGCCUUACGGAGUUCAUUACCGCAAUGCAGCUGAUCUCACUGGCGCAAGAAGGUCACCAGUUAAGCUCGUCUGUCCUGAGAGAAACAGAGAGUGAAAAUCUCCCAGUCAUGGUAGGGUUGGAUGACGUUCUAGAGAAAAGCAAGGGAUCGCUAGCCAAGGGAAAGCUGGAAUCAACUGGGACCCCUCAGACACAGUCCCCACCAACAGUCAAUGUAUCCAAGAAAAAAUCUGCAAAGAAGUCCUUCAGCUCUGUUGCCCCAGUUACUUCAGUAGUUGAUGGGUUGAAAAGAUUAUAUUUCGAAAAGCUAAAGCCUUUGGAAGUCACUUACCGUUUUAAUGAUUUUGGAUCUCCUUCACUGACAAGCAGUGAUUUUGAUGCUAAACCGAUGGUCAUGCUUUUGGGCCAAUAUUCAACUGGGAAAACUACAUUUAUAAAACACUUGCUGGGAUGUAGUUAUCCAGGAGCUCAUAUUGGACCUGAACCAACUACUGAUAGAUUCAUCGCGGUUAUGUCUGGGCCUGAUGAGAGAAGUAUUCCUGGGAAUACAAUAGCUGUUCAUGAAGAAAUGCCAUUUACUGGACUGUCAACCUUUGGGGGAGCUUUCUUGUCAAAGUUUGAGUGUUCCCAAAUGCCACAUCCUCUGCUUGACCAUAUAACUUUUGUGGACACUCCUGGAGUUUUAUCCGGGGAGAAGCAACGAACUCAGCGUAGCUAUGAUUUUACCGGAGUGAUCUCAUGGUUUGCUGCAAAGGCUGAUCUUAUACUUCUCCUCUUUGAUCCACACAAGCUAGACAUCAGUGACGAAUUCAAUCGAGUCAUCUCAAGCUUGCGUGGGAAUGAUGACAAGAUACGUGUUGUUUUAAACAAAGCAGACCAAGUUGAUACGCAGCAAUUGAUGCGAGUUUAUGGUGCAUUAAUGUGGUCUCUCGGGAAGAUUUUGAACACACCAGAAGUUGUGCGUGUCUAUAUUGGCUCCUUCAAUGACAAGCCUGUUAAUGAAGGAGCUAUAGGUCCCAUGGGGAAAGAUCUAUUUGAGCGAGAGCAAGAUGACCUUCUUGUGGACUUGAUGGACAUCCCUAAGAAAGCUUGUGAUCGAAAGAUCAAUGAAGUGGUAAAGCGAGCAAGGGCUGCGAAAAUUCAUGCCUACAUAAUGAGCCAUCUCAAGAAAGAAAUGCCAUCAUUGAUGGGCAAAUCGAAAGCUCAGCAGCGACUGAUUAACAAUCUUGAGCAAGAGUUCUCCAAGGUCGAGAAAGAGUUCCAUUUGCCAGGAGGAGAUUUUCCAAGUGUGGAGCACUUUAGAGAGGUUCUGAAAAGUGGCUACCAUAUCGAUGAAUUUGAGAAACUGAAGCCUAGAUUGAUUCAGUCCGUGGAUACCAUGCUUGGGUAUGACAUUCCUGAGCUUUUGAAGAAAUUUAGGAAUCCUUAUGAUUAG